GCCAGAGAUGUGUCUGCAGUGCUGAACUGGUGGCGCAAAAAGUUGUGAUCCGCACUCAGCGGGCGCCACUGGAGGGGGCGCCAUAAGGAUGGCAAAAAUGAUUUCUAGUUGACAUUUUCUGUGAUUUAGCAGCUGUUUGUGCUUUGAAAUCCACGCGUUGUCUGUGUCUGCUCGCUGUGAGCAUCUCCAACUCAAAUGUUGCAACAGAUUAAACAAAUGUGGGUCUCUGAUGCGCCAAAACCCGCGAUCUGCGUCUCCCUCCGUGUUUCCUGUCCUCUGCCGGUUGUAUAACCUCUCUCUGCCGCAGUGAAGGAAACCCUUCUCUCCGCUCCUCGACGUCGCUCUGCCGCCUGUCCUUUUAAGGCAUGGGGGAUACCCGCCGUCACAGCCGGAAGCAGCCCAAAUUUGGUCAGCUACGAAAGGGGCACGGCGGGGGGAAUCCCUCGCGCCGGUGUCGACCAAUAAAGGCAGGACGGGAGUUACCUUGGAGACGGAGAGUAUAAAAGGGAGAGCCGGAGAGAGCUCAGCAUCCUCAGCCUCUCAGCCCGGCAGCAGCCGCAGCUUAAACCGGAUUAACGCCUCGCUUCUUAGGGGGAAUCCCGGAUUUAAUCACAAAACCUGAGAAAAGGAUGCUUCUGGAGCGCGACGACAGCUUCAUGUCUGAGUUUGAGGACGCUUGCAGCGCCUGGGUGGACAGCGUGGGAUCCAGCCCCAGCGACGGCGCGGAUUCUGACGUGGGAUCACCGUUCAGCCAAGUUUUCUCUCCUGGAACUGACGCCUCGGACUCAGACUUCUUCUCCGACUUCAGCGACUGCUCCUCGGACACUCUCUCUCCGUCGCUUGGCUACAGCGGGAGCUUCUUCGCCGAGCCGGAGCCCACGGCCGCGGGGCUGAGCAGCACCGCCGACGCGAUCCUGAACAUGAUCACGGAGAUUGUGGGAAUCUGCACCGAGAUGGAGCAGCAGCAGCAGCAGCAGCUGCCCGCCCCCGACUUCAGCAUCCCUCCUGCAGCCGCGGAGCCGCAGCCGCCUGCAGCCCCCGCUUCAGCUCCGAUGAUGAUCAAGUCGGAGUUCGGGACCUCCAGCUGCAGCAGCGGGUGUUCCCAGCCCUCCACGCCCGGGAAUGACGCUCUGUUCCCGGCUGCAGCGGACUCUCUGCUCCCGCUCAUGGCUCUGGAGCAACAGGUGGACAUGGCUGAUUUCAUCGAGUCUCUGCUGAGCUCCGAAGCCGGGCAGGGCGAGCUGAAGCCCGGCUGCGAGGUGAAGCAGGAGCCGCUGGAGCUGGAGGACUGGCUGAAGGGUUUACCGGUAACCGGCGGGGAAUCCGGUAACUACGUCAUCAGCAGCGCCCCCUCCACCCUGGACGCGCACCUGCUUUCCUCCCUCCUGCAGGGCGCGUUCCCGAUGGUCAACCUCAGCAGCGUGCACGCGGCCGGAGCGCCUAAGCAGCAGCGCGCCGGGCGCAGAGCGCACGCGCGCGGCGGCGUGAAGCCCAAGCCGUUCCCGUGCUCCGUGCAGGGCUGCGAGCGCCGCUUCUCGCGCUCCGACGAGCUCAACAGGCACGUGCGCAUCCACACGGGCCAGAAGCCCUUCCAGUGCACCAUCUGCGCGCGCAGCUUCAGCCGCAGCGACCACCUGACCACGCACACGCGCACGCACACCGGCGAGAAGCCCUUCUCCUGCGACGUGUGCGGCAAGAGGUUCGCGCGCAGCGACGAGAGGAAGCGGCACGGGCGCGUGCACGUGAAGCAGCAGCUGCGUGCGCAGAUGAUGGCCGCCUACUCUCUGGCCCUGAACGCGCCCGGCGUGUAAACACUGGCCCGCGCUCCCUCUACGGAGUUUUGGAAGCUUUUCGGAUUUGAACCGACAACCGGAGAGACAUGUGACGUCACACCGGUGUACAGGUGCUGGGAGGCGCAUGCGUGUCUGCGGUGCCCUGAGGGUUCGGGUUCGGGCCUGGCCCGGCAGCCGACCGGGCCUCCGCGGCCUUAAAGGGGCAGUGCGCCCCCUGCAGGACGGAUCCUGCUGUAAAAUAGAACCAGUUUCUUCUGCAUGAAGCCGUAAAGAGACUCUGUGAAUGUCGACGUCAGAAUGUCGUGCUUCUGUUGUUGAUAUUUCCAUGUAAGCAGCUCUAUAUUUGAGGAGUUCCAUGUUUGUAACAUAUCUCUAUUUUUCUAGACGGACUGUCUACCUCUCAGUGUCGCAGUUUUACAAGCAGGGUGUGAAUAUUUUAGAGAUGUUCCUCUGGCACAUGAACGUGAAACACGAUGUCACUUUUUCUAUGAAACGACUGUACGCAUUCCGCGGACUCUGACCGAACCCGUGUGUGCAGGUCCGGCUGCACCGAUGCAUUGUGGGAUAUGUUGUCCUGUGUUCUGUGGUGUGAGAGCUGAAGCACACCGGCUCAGUGAGAGCUGAGCGCUGAGUAGCACACAUGGCUGUGCGAGUUUACUGUUCCCUCAUUCUGCAUGGAGGCUGCUGUCGCUGUUAAUAAACAAAACAAAACGGA